AUGUGCUUCGCUCCACGGAUCUACGUCACCGUCAUUGCACACACGCCUUUCCUCGAGUCGAUCGCAGAACAGGUGCUGAUUCAAGGAUUUCUGCUGAUGCAAGAGACCGUGUAUGUACUGCUCGACAGCAUUUACGACAAGGUCGUGAUGUUUGAGAACUCGUUAGCGCAGAUGACGGCAGCAACGGUUGGACGUAAAACGACGUGCGAUGACGACGUCGACACGAACACCUUCGGACUGUUCGACAACAUCGGCAAGCCGGCGGCCGCGCCUAACACGCCGCCCGUUCCCAUGGUGACGCCGGACGCAGGGAUCAUCAACAUGCUGCGAUACGGCAUCCUGGCUCUGCAGCUACUCCCGGAGAACACAAGUGCUGGCAUCGUCGUGGUGACGGACGGCAUCACAGGCCCGCCGGACACGGCCAUGUUUGAGUCUCUGCUCGUGCAGCUGCGUAACAGCACGAUCGCCUGCUCCUUCCUCAACAUCUCUAGUCCCUACCAUCCGGCGUGUUCGCUCGGAUACGUGCCAUACAUGGAGCUGCUGCAGUUCAUCGCCACGGCAACCUUCGGAGCUUUCAUGUCCUACUGUCCGAACCUCGAGAAUGACUCCAGUUUGAACAUGAACGUAUACCACAAGGCCAUACUGUCGUGGAGCUUUCAGAAACCUCUGCAUGGAUAUAAGGGUUACCAGGAUGGCAUGCCUGCAGAACAAGUGGAGCAGUAUUGGCACAUCGAUAAUCUGAACUUUGGGCCCUCCGCGCCAGAGGAAGCCUUGCUGAGGAAGAAGCACGCGGAGAACAAGGCGACGAUGUCCGUGUUCGGAGUGCUCUCUGUGAGGCUGCGCGAGGGAUACACCAUCAAGAAGGUCGCCAUCACUAAAGGAGACACGCAGCUAGAGGUACAGCUUGUGUUGCCAUGGAAACAUCGCGUCAACAUUGAGUAUCGGAUAGAAGCCGUUUGGCCCCUGGAUAGUUCCAAGAGAGUGACUCACACUGAGGUGUCGAUAGAAGCCACGUAUGACUUUCUCGAUGAUGUGAUGUCCCCCACGCAGAAGAAACCCUUACAGAGUGGUUACAGGAUGGCAGUGAUACGAAAGUUCUGGCAAACAAUGCAAGGGCUGACGCAGACUGACCAGCUGCUGCAGCAUCUGCAGCUGUUUGGCUCCAACCUGGCGCACUACACCCUGCCGGACUGUGUGAAGAAUGGAGUGCCACUCUUCUACUUCUCUCCCAACACCAACACACCGGUGCUGUCCUCACAGACCGCCCACUCUCCGUUCGCGUCGUUCUGGAAGCCGAUCUGUCGCCUUGACAUCAACGUGUGGCAGAAGUGGCUGCACACUCACCGCAUCGGCGUCAUCCUCGAGCACGACGUGCCGCUACCCAAGUACCUGCACCUGCCCAGCUCCACGGGGCGUUACAACAUCGUGCAGUGCAGGCAGGCGCUGAUGGGCCUCAACGUACUACUGAAGGAGUGGAGCACCUUCAUACUCGUAGAGAACCACUCCUACAUCAAGUUCCUCGAGCGGGAGGGGGAUGGACCACCAAAGUCCUUCUACAUAUUGCGUGUGACAUCGAAGCCUCCGUGCAUGGUGCUGAGGGUGGCCUUCCAGGGUGGCACUCCUGGCUACGAACGAAACCAGAUCGUAAACCAGGUUCGUGAAAAACUGCUGGGACUGUCGUUGCCUCAGCGAAGGCCACAGGAAGGUCAAAUAGGUCAAAUACAAAGGUCAAGGUCACACAUCGACUGCUGCGUGUUACUCGCCAAACCAGUGGAAAAAAUUCUCAUCAGGUAUGAGAAGUUGCCGACAGACUUUCUCGUGGGGCUGCACCAGACGCACACCGUGUCCCCCUACCACUCCAUGUCGAGUCUUACCAGCACCUCGACGACAAACAAGAAUGCAUCCAGCAUGUUCAGCACUCUCUCAAGGUACCUCCACCACCAGCGCUGGGUGUGGGGAGCGCAGAAUGAGACGGCUUAUCCAAUCAGCAUGCAGGCUCUCGGCAAGAUACUCGCAACACUCACCAAGGUCAGACUCCAGGAGGGAUUCCAUUUUGCGUAUAGCAACUCUGGUGUGGUUAACAUGGUGCUGGAGGUUCAGAUGAAGAGCACUGGUCUCGCAGACAAAACGCCGGUAGGCAGUCCCGUGCGUAAGGAAGCGUCGGAGAAGACGGAGGAGGAGCCGGCGGACGAUGACACGUUUAGCUGUGUCGUGCAGUACAUACUGUUCCCACCGCACACGGCCCUGACGCGUGAGAUUGCGUCCGAAGACGACCUGGAGAUGGAGUUGGAGGGAGCCGAGACGGACGGAGAGUUGCAGAUCAUUACCGAGUGCUGGAUCGAACCACAAGAUGGCGUUGUGUGUUGUUCACCGGAGGAAAGACAGCACUUCAUUGGCUGUACCUACAAGCAGCUGGCGAAGCAGUUGUUUCCGAUCGACCACGAGUGCAUCUCGACCGUUCUCGUCUUCGAGCAUCUUAACCUGCUAUGUCAGAAGGACGCGCACCCAGACCUGCUGCAGCCGACACUGGGGACGCCACUGCAGCGCGCGACAGCCCAGCCCAGCAUCACCUACGUGCCCUUCAUGUACGACCUCAUGAAGGUCGUUGACAAGUGCCAGCAGGUGGAGCUGCUGUUCUCUACGUUCUUACAAGGUGCAACCGAGGACAGCGGCACGCAGGAUCGCAGCGAGGAGCUGACUGCUCACUGUACGGCCCUCGUCACUGUCUUCUCUGAUUGCUUCGUUACCGGCAUUUACAGCAGCCUGCAGUUCAGCUAUGAGAUCGACUCUCAGGACGUGCAGUUUGCGGUGGAUGGCAUCUGCGUGGAGCUGGUACUGGAGGAGGACCUCACAAAGUUCAUGACAACCGUGUGCGGUGACGCAAAGCGACGCAUCGACGAUGCCGCCCGCCAGGUGGCGUGCAAGAAGGUCCACCGCCACCAGCCACCGUCGCCGGGGGAGACGAUGGACGCGGCAGUUGACCGCUCGACGCCGAGUGACAAACACAAGUCAUCUGUCUUACCGCGGUCACCUUCCCCGAAACAACUCAUCUUUGACCUUGACAUGAUACCGACAGACGUGAGCUGUGAGUCGAUAGAGGGUUUACACCAACACAUACAGGACAGGUUCAUGACGUGUGGACACACACCCGCACUGAUUCCGGUGGUGAUGUUCACUAUCGUGUUGUCCAUUAGCAGGCAGGUUAUGGACGUGUGGGCCACGCCAUCGAUGCUGGACGGUUUUCAUGGACGUGUGGAAACACGCAUCAGAUCGCUGGUGGAUGUUCAAUUCACACACACAUAUGUGUUGUUGUUUAUUACGGACAGGUUCAUGAACGUGUGGAACCACGCAUCAACAGACUCGGGCUGGUUCAUGGACGUGUGGAACAACGCCAUCAGAUGCCGCUGGGUGAUGUUCAUCUAUCGUGUUUGUUCAUUAAGACAGGUUAUGGACGUGUGGAACCAGUCCACCGAUGCGCAUGGACAGGCUAUGGAGUGUGAAGCCAUGCCAUCGGGAUUGCUGGAACAGGAAGGGUUCAUGGACGUGUGGAAACGCAUCGAUGCUGGUGAUGUUCAGACUAUGCGUGUUGUUGCAUUAAGGACAGGUUCAUGGACGUGUGGAACCAAGCCAUCGAUAGCUGGACAGGUUACAUGGAACGUGUGGAAACAGCAUCCGAUCGCUGGUGAUGUUCUCUAUGCGUGUGAUCAUACAGGACAGGAAAUCAUCAUCGAGACAAACGCUAGAGAACCAGCCAUCGAUCGCUGGACAGGUUCAUGGACGUGUGGAACCACGCCAUCGAUCGCUGGUGAUGUUCAUCUAUCGUGUGAUCAUGUACAGGAGGAUAUCAGCGACAAGAUCGAGUAG